AUGAGCUUCGCACAAAGAUUGGCAAAGAAGGCGGAUGAGUUUGAGGCAAGAAAGAAAGCGGAAGAGCAGAAGCGGGAUGCUGAAGAAGCGGCAAAAAUUCAUGCUUGGGCUGCGAAAGAGCUGGAUCUAAUCAAGGAUCAAUGCGACAAAGCCAGUGAGAAAGGCCUGUAUGGCAUCAGCAUAGCUGCGCAUAUGUACAUUGCUCGCCGGUUAGCCAAUGCUGACCUGGCCAAACGCCUUUUGCUGCAGAAUCUCAAGGGACUGGGCUUUUCCAAAAUUUUGGUCCCGGAUUUUUCUCAUUCUUCGACCAUCCUUCGUAUAGAGAUUUCUUGGAAGGAUGUCUCGAGAGUCUCGCGGAUUUCUCCAGAACCUCCAGCAAAACGGUUGAAAGGCCACACAGGAACUUGCCAAGUUUGCGAGGAGAGGGGGUCCAUGGUGGUGUUGGUUCCUUGUGGGCACGUGCUGUGCCGGGACUGCAGGGAUUCUCAGGCAAAGCGAAAUCAGAACUGCCCCUUCUGCCGGCAACAUGUCACGUGUGCCACCGACGGCCUGUUCUUCAACUGA